AGGGUACUUUGCAAAAAUUGAGCAUCAAUUUAAAGGGUCUUCUAAAGUUUAUGCAACAAGUCUUAUCAGAAGGCUAAUUGAUGAAAAAUAUGAUCCCACUGGAAGUCUUCGAGAGCAUAUUAUGAAAAAGUGCAACAUGGCCGCCAAACUAAAGUCAAUGGAGAUGGAAAUCUCUAAUGGUUUCCUCGUCCAUUUUAUUAUGUCAUCUUUGCCUCCCCAAUUUGAUCCAUUUAUGAUCAACUAUAAUGCGAUGGAUGUUAAAUGGGAGAUUGAUGAAAUGAUGGCGCGAUGUGUGCAAGAAGAAGAAAGGCUUAAGGCUGACAGAAUUGAUCAUGUUAAUCAGUUUGGUCAUUCACAAAAGAAGAAGUAUAGAAAAUUUGUGAAUGAAUAUGUGAAGCCCAAGCCUUAUAAGUUCAAGGAAAAAGGCCAAUCCUCAAAAGGUUCACAGCAAAAGAAGCCAGAAAAAGCGCCUAAUGCUGAAGGAAAUAAUUCCAAUGCUUGCCACUUUUGUGGAAAAGGUGGGCAUAGGCGAAAGGAUUGUUUUGGCUUCAAGAGAUGGCUCAAAGAAAGAGGGAUUCAAUAUGAGGAAGACCCUAAAAAGAGGGGAAAGAACAAUUAGAGUUGCUAAUGGUGUUGAAGCUUAUGCCGAGGCGAUUGGAGACUUCACUCUUACACUUCAUGGCGGUUUUAAGAUUCAGCUAAAUAAUGUUCUUUAUGUACCCUCGAUGAAACGGAA